CUCUGUCUGAUUCCAGAGGUUCCCAUUGCCUCACGAGCAUUACGAGUAGGAUUUUCUUGCGAUUAUUUUGAAAAAUUGUACUUAAAGGAGUACUUCAAGAGAUGUCUGGAGCCAAAGAGAGGAUGCACCGCAAGAAAAUGAGGAACCAGCCCAGCAACAUCACCUUCUCUUCCCCUGGCUGGGCCCCUCCGCAAGACGAGAGGCGCUGGAGGAACGGAGGAGAGGCUCAGCGGCAAGGUAGAAGUUAUGGUGGCCCCCAGCAGCCGGGGGGGCCACGCCCUCCUUCCUCGGCCCCCAGCCCCCAGGGUCAUCCGUCUGGGGGGGUCAGGGGACACCAGUGGGGGGACAGUGCAAGAGGAGUCCAGGGAUAUUCCCAGAAGCUCCCCAGAUACAUCACGGCGUCGGUGUUUGCCCAGGCCCGGGCCGCCGAGGUGGGCGCCAUGCUGAGGGCCGUGACGAAGACCACGGGCAGCUCGCACGUGUUCGGCGCGCUGCCCAAGCACAUGAGGCGCCGGGCCAUGAGCCACAACGUCAGGCGGCUCCCCCGCCGGCUGAGGGCGGCCGCUGCGCGAGUGCUGGAGAAGACGAGCCAGCAGAAGAAGGAGCAGUCGAAGAGCAAGAGCCGGCGGGCCCGGCGGAGGCACGGCAACCUGCUGCUGGAGUUCAACCGGCGGCAGCGCAAGCACGUGUGGCUGGAGACGCACAUCUGGCACGCCAAGCGAUUCCACAUGGCCCGGGCCUGGGGCUACAGCCUGGGGGACAGGCCGACCUCCAAGUGCUACAGGGCCUGCUACAGGGCGAUGAGCGGCCACUGCCUCCUCCAGGACCUGUCCUACUAUUGCUGUGUGGAAGUGAAGGGAGAGGAGGACACGCUGUUAAGGGCUCUGGCUCGGCUCACCAGUAAGGAGACUGGACCGACGUUCGGAGCCGCGGUGUUCCUGUCGGGGAGGCGGCAGGGCUCCGUGGUGGUGCACAGAGCGGACCGGUACCCCGCGGAGCCGCUGGGACAGGUCCUGUUCAUGUGGAGACCGAAGAGGGGGCCCUGCAGUCCCCGGCAGCUGUGGCUUUGGGUCCAUCCCACCCUGAAGCAGGACCUGCUGCCGGAGCUGCAGCUCGUGUGCCAGUGCUCGGAGCCGCCGGAGCCCGGGCCGCCUGUGGCCCUGCCCGUCCUGGCACGGGGCUCAGCGGGGGAGGAGCCCGCGGAAGCGCGGGAAGCACAGCGCCCUGGGAAGAAGCGAAAGCGGAGCGGCGCGGAGGGAGAGGCAGUGGUGCCCGUGAAGAAGAUCAUCGGAGACGGCACUCGGCAGGCCGCGAGCCCGCUUUCCUGGAGAUCGGAGGCCACUGGGAUUGUCAUAAGUGACCUCACCAUGGAAAUCUUGAGGUUUCGACUCAUUGGACCUCUUUCCCACUGCGUUCUCACAGAUACCCUGACACCUGCUACUGACUGUGGGCCGGAAGGCAUGACCGAAACAUCUCACCUCUGGUGGCCUGAGCAGUGCAAGGAUGGAGACAACCUCUCACUCCACCAUCGCCAAGCAGACAUCUUUCGGCAGCUGAAAGGGGUCUGCUUUUCUGGGGAGAUCCCAGCAGGCACUAUUCUUGGACUCGCUGUUGAUGACCCCAGGCUGACUUUACCAACCAGGAGGAGCAAAACAUUGCCAGAUCUCAAGCAGAUGCAAGGGGGAGGGGAGGAGACAAGAUUGCUGACCCUUCAGGGAGUCCCGGCAGAAUGCUGCGAGAGCCCCUUGUGGGAGCAAGCUGUCCGGCACAAUGUCACGGAAAAUAAAAUUCCGGAACAGGAACUGAACCGUAUGAGGAGUGAGCUUCUGGUCCCGGCGUCCCAGCUGAGCCCCACUCCCCCUCAGUCCAGGGUCCCGGUCCUGCUUGUGCAUCAGCCGGGGAAGCAGGUCGGAGAGGAGAAGUCAUCCUGGGGUACGGGGUGGGACCUUCUGCUCCCCAAAGGCUGGGGCAUGGCUUUCUGGAUACCUCUGAUAUUCCGCGGCGUCCGUGUUGGGGGCCUGCAGGAGGCGCUGAAGCACUCCCAGAACAAAGGGGCUCCGCACUUCCCAGGCGACUUCCCAGACUGCCCUGCCGGCGCCCGAUUCCUGCGGGAACAGGAGACGCAGCUCGUGGACCACUACAGGAGGCGUCCCCCUGCCAAGAGGCCCAACUACAUCAAACACGGCUGCCUUGCGCCCUUCCGCUGCCCCUGGCAACAGCUGGCGGAGGAGUGGGAAAUGAUCGUGAAAGAGGCCGCGGAAGAGGAGCUCCCUGCCUCGGAGGGCCACGCCGGACCUGCUCCCGAGGCUCCGGGCCCUGAAGAGCACCGUUCCCAAGCUGCAGGCAGAGGGGAGGGAUCGGCACCGCGGCCAGAGUUUCCAGGAGGCCCGGAGUGUGGCAGCACUAGUGCUCUGAGCGACGCUGCGGUGGCGGUGGCUAAGUUCAAGGUCCUGAGGAGCAGGAAGGCGCUGCGGCGGGUGUCAGCCUGGUGCAGGCCCACCUCGGCGAGAGGUCAGAGGCUGCGGGGGCGUGCGCCGGCCCCCGCGCAGGAGCAGGAGCAGCAGCUGACCCCCGCGGUCGUGGCCUCCGUCUGCGAGACCCACGGCAGGAGUCUGGUCUGGACGAGGCUGUCCCUGCUGAGGAAGGGCCGCCCCACGCUGCACGCCAUGAUCUGCAUCCCUGCCCCCGAGGACAUCCAGCUGCUGCGCGUGGACCCGGCCUACAGCGGGCCACAGGAGCCCCGGCACAAGGACCACUUCAGGCACCGGCGGGGCAGGAGGAGGCAGGAGGAGGGGGAGGGGCCCGAGGAAGGCGGCGGUACUCCCGAACGCCUCGGCCAGGCGCCAGCGGCCGGCUCCCCAGAGCCCCCCGCCGCGGGCCUGUGGCCUGAGCCCCUGCCCAGCGUGACCUCGCACUGCUCCCGGGUGCUGCUGGGGUUCGUCACGCAAGGGGACUUCUCCCUGGCGGCGGGCUGCGGGGAGGCCCUGGGCUUCGUCAGCCUGGCCGGGCUGCUGCACAUGCUCUCGGGGCAGCCCGCCGGCUCCAGGGGCCUGGUGCUGGUGAGGGGCGCCGCCUCGCUGCAGUACCGCUUCGCCAAGAUCGACGUUGAGGUGUGACCGGCGCUCGGUGUCUGCCUCCCUGGGGAGAGACCAGAACACAGGGACAAGGCGACGGCCGGUAUCCCCGCUGGAUGGACACGACACCAAAGGCAAAAACAUUAAACCGACCCAGAAGACAAUUCCCGAAGGUGGCAAACACCGAGGAAGCAGGAGGUGUAGGCUAGGCAGGAGGGUUGAAUGAGAAUUAAAGUGCGUUUCUGUGCGAGACAGAAUUAUCUUGUGGCCCGCAGAAGAGUUCGCGAGGUGUGUUCAAAGUCCACGUGCCAGGAGAUGGACAUUUCAGUUAUGAAAAUCGUUUCACAGUUUUGUUUAUAGCUAAAAUUGAAUGUCGCCUUAUCCGCAAUAAAAUAACCCUCACUGCCA